UUCUAUCUAUGAUUAUGACUUUGACUUGGAUUCAAAUUCUUAUUUUUUAAUGAAUGGUACUAUCUGUACUACUUCUUAUGUCGAUGAAGACUACUUUUAUAGCUCCUAUGAUAAAAUUAUUUAUGAAUUCCCUGAUUACACUUGCACUGGCGAGAGUGGUUAUUAUCUUACUGCUGAAUAUACUGUUACUCUGACCAGUAUUUUAUACAGCACAUUCACUUAUUAUUAAACCUAUUUCAUACUGCUCAAUUGAAAAGAGUGAUGUAUUUAAUAUAUUGUUUUUAUUUGGUUUCUAUAAGGCUUUUCCAGUGUUUCCAUUGGGUUUCUUACUGUUCUUGGUCUGGUUUACUGGUAUAUUUUUAUUUUAAUUUUAGUUUUUAAUUUGUUUGUCUUUUCUGACUAAGUUUUUUUGGUCAGAAUUGGUUGGUUCAAUUUCUUUUUUCCUCUCAUUAUGUUUAAUUUGGUGUUGCUGGAAACAAAAAAAAG